AUGGUUGUCCUAGAAACACCUCAAGCAGAUUCUAGAUCUCUUGAACCAACUUCUAGCCCAAGGAUUUCAUUCUCAGCUGAGUUUUUAGAUGAUAACAACUUCAUCUCUAUUAGUCCAAACUCUCCAAUAAUCAAAAGAGAAAUAGUAUUAGAGAGUGAAAACAAAGCUCAUCACCACCAUCGUCAUAAUAAUCAUCAACAAAGUAAGGCACGUAAUCCAGAGUUUGAGUUUCUCUCAAACAACAGCAUAGCCAGUCACAACAACAUGAUAACUGCAGAUGAGCUUUUCUUUGAAGGUAAACUUCUUCCCUUUUGGCAGAUGCAACAUGUUGAGAAUAAGCUUAACAAGCUCAACCUUGGAACCAAAGAUUCAGAGGGACAACAAGAACAACAAGAAGAAAAAGAUGGAGGAAGAGGAAGAAGAAAGGUUAGUGAAGAAGAGAGUAAUACUGAUACUAAUAAUACUAAUACUAAUAAUAGCAAUAGAAUAAAUUGGUCUUUUGUUGAUGAUGACCCUUCUCCAAGGCCACCAAAGUGCACUGUUUUGUGGAAAGAGUUGUUGAGAUUGAAGAAGCAAAGAGCUUCUACUCUGUCCCCUUCAUCUUCAUCUUCAUCAUCUUCAUCUUCAUCAAGCUCACUAGCUGAUAUAGCUUCAGCUGAUGAAGGUACCAAGGAAGGGAUUAGACAAAGAGCUGAGAAACAUGUUAAGGGGAUAAGGAAAGGCUUGGAAAGAACAAGAUCAGCCACUAUUAGAAUAAGACCAAUGAUUAAUGUACCCAUUUGCACACAGAUGAAGACUAGCAGUGCUUUGCCACCAUUGUUUCCUUUGAGGAAAGGAGGAAGAUUAGAGAGGUGAGAAUGAAAGAGAGUUUGUAGCUAAAAUAAAAAAAAAAAAAAAAAAGAUGGUUUGAUCUGUAGUGUUGUUUGAUAUGUUAAAUCUUUUUUUUUUUUUUAAUGUUUAUUUCAUUUUCAAGUUUUCUUAUGUUCCUCCAUUAGAAUGUUAAUUAAUGUGGAUCUCAAGUAUCAUAGUGUAAAUUCUGA